AUGGGUGCAAGCCAAUCUUCCUACGAAGACGAGAAUAUAGAUAAUGUGGAAUCUGAAGAAAAGAACGAGGAAUGGUCAAUCACGGUCAGUGAAGCAUUAUCAAACAGAAUUCACGAUUAUGUGCAGGAACAAUUGAACAAUUCUGAAACGGAAGAGGAGGAAGGGGAAGAAGACGAGGAAGAGGAAGAGGAAAAUGAAGACGAGGAAAAUGAAGAUGAGACGGUCGAAGGGGAUUCUACAGCAACUCCAGGCUUAAUGUCAUUUAUGAAUAAUCUGGAUGAUAUGCUGUCGGGUGGUAUUCCUGAACGUACCGAAGAGGAGAAAACCCAGGAUAAUCUAAAUGAUAUCAUGAAGAAAAACGAGGAGGGCGAGUCAGAGGAAUCGGAGUUGAUGCAUGAAGCUGAAGAAAGCAUGAAGAGUGCCGAGAAGUUGCUUGUGGCUGAUCACUUGAAGGAGAGACCCUGUGAAGUGGAAAUGAAUCUUUUCUCAGAGUGUUUGACCAAGGGAGAGGCUUGCUCUGAACUAGAGGAAAAGUAUUUCGAGUGUGUCCAGUCUUCUAAGUAAUUUAUUUGUUUAUAAA